AUGUCAGACAUGACGGGUUUCACUAACGGUCAGUCACCGGAAGCCAAAGACCAGGUGCGUACUGAGUGCUCGUCUCUCAAUUCCAACAGUACUCAUGACAAAUCGACUCAUCUGACCAAUCUGUCUGGCCCUGAAAAAUCUGAUCUUCCGAAACCACUGAAGAAAAUUUCAUCGCUCGUCGUACGUUCUGUGGACAUGGCUUCUGAUAUGAUCUCUGACAACGAGUUAAUCUCGUUAUACGAAAAACGCGCAACGUUGUCAUCUGAUAAAUACGAAAGCAUCUUGAAAAAGGCAGUUGCACUGCUGAAAGAUAAAUCACGUAUCGAGGAAGAAGCCAAACGACUUCGUGCUAGUAAUGAAUCGUUGCAGCAGAUGAAUAAAGAUAUCAGAGAAAAAAGUGUUCGCUUGCAUGCAAAAGCGGAACAGGAAGAAGAGUAUAUAUCCAACAUGUUAUUAAAACGUAUCCAGAAGUUGAAGAACGAUAAAGAAGCUUUAGCAUUGAAGUACGAACAGGAAGAGGAGUUUCUUACAAAUGAUUUGAGUCGGAAAUUAUCUCAGCUUCAAAAUGAACGGGACGAGUUAGCUGGGCAAAUAGAGGCGGAGCAAAGUUGGGUUGUGGAUACGUUGCUGGUGAAGAUACGAAAGUUGGAAGCGGAAAUUAGUGCGAAUCAUCUUGCACUUGAGCAGUUACGUCGAGAAAAGGUAGAUCUCGAAAACGCACUCGAGCAUGAGCAAGAAUCUUUAUUCAACACCCUUGGUAAGCGAAUGGAUCAACUGGAAGCUGAAAAAAGACGUAUGCAGGCUCGUAUAGAUCAAGCUAGUUUAUCAGAAACUCAUUCGGCAGCUACAGCAAGCGAGUUGUCUGCUCACGAAAUGAAUGAGAUUGGAGAACGUCGUUCCUCAAGAGCGGAGACGGAAUCUCGUAAAUUGCGAGAAGAAUGCAGUCGUCUUCGUGUUGUUGUUAUGAAUUUGAAGAAUACUGUCAGUAAUUUACAAGAACGAGUAAGGAAUCAAGAAACAAAAUAUGUCGCGGAUUUACUGGCCAUUCGAGAGAAGUCUGCUGGGAUGCGUGCUGACAAUCGUCGUGUACGUGUUGCUUUGGAAACAGAUCUAGCUCGUUGUCUUGAAACAUGCCGUGCAUUUACUGCAUCGGAAAUGGUACGGGAAAACGAUGAAGAUAAUUGCAUGGCAGCACUUCUCAGUCGGAUGUCAGUUCCGAAGAGUAUAACGCCAACACCUAUCUUCAAUCCCAACUCCGGUGUCAUCAGUACGGAUACCUCUAGUUCUGUUUCCUGGUCUGCAGAGCGUGCGCCUCCUGCGCGCAUAGAAUUGCAAGGUGAUAAAAUGGACGAGGGUCCGGAAAUUCCAGAUGGUGAUGGGGAUGGUGAUGGUAAUGGUGAUGGUGAUGGUGAUGGUGAUAUUAAUAUGGAUGCAGAUUUCUGUGAAAGAAAACGCCGUACUCUUCGAAUUGAUAACAACAAAAUUUUCAAUGAAAAAGUGGAUAGUGAGACAUCAGUUUUUCCAGAUUCGAUUUCACCAGCAUCAGAUGAUUCGAAUGAUGUAAUGGAAAUCGCUAAUGCUGGUGGCAAUCAGUUUGUUCGUCCGACCUUGCCUCCAGCUCGUUCGCCAGUCUUGAAAAGAAACUUUUGA